AUGACAGACCUUUCCGCGUUCAACGUCCAGAACUUCGCCAAUGGUGAACGGAACAUGCGCAUCAUCGUCUCCGACCCUCCCAUCGCCAACGUUGCCUCCCUACCCUCGUCUCCUGCCACGCCCGAGCCCGACCCGAUUGGCCAAACGCUCACCGAAGCCGUCAUCGCGAUCCUCUUCUACCCCGCGAACUCGGUCAACCCUGGGCAGCAGCCCGCGGGCGGAGCGGACUUCUACGCUGCCCCGCUGGACCUGAGCGCGGCGAGGAACGUGUCGCUCGAAUAUAGCGUGUUCUUCCCGUCGGACUUUGACUGGGUCGAGGCGGGGAAGUUGCCGGGGAUGUAUGGAGGCCAUGAUGGGUGUUCGGGCGGGGACGACGCGAUCAACUGUUUCAGCACGAGGCUGAUGUGGAGAGGGGGCGGAUUGGGGGAGCUCUAUCUGUACGCACCCAAGGACAGGCAGACCCCCGCGCUGUGCGCGACUCCCCCCGAGUCCGUCUGCGAUGCCGACUACGGUUUGUCGAUCGGGCGCGGGUCGUUCAAGUUCGCUGCGGGUAACUGGACGCACGUCAAGCAGACCGUCGUGUUGAACACCCCUGGACAGCAGGAUGGUGCCUUCGCGCUGGACGUGAACGGCGUGCGUGUCAUCGAUAGGCACGACGUGUUCUACCUGUUGAUGCUGACGAUGGUCUGCAGCACGUUCUUUGGAGGGCACGAGCCGAGGUACGCGACUCCGAAGGACCAGUUCACUUGGUUCAAGGAUUUUGCGAUGUCUGUAAACGGUUGA